CGUCAUUAAGAACCAAAAGAACGCAAAUUGUCAUCAGCUGUGUUGUUAUACGUUUCACGUUGUUUUUGUAUUUAUAUUUAUUGUGAAGAAGAACAAGAAUUUGGACAAUACAACAGUGUCAACAUGAAGAUUUAUAUCUUCGUUGCCUUGCUGACGUUAUUUGCCCUAACUAGUGGAGUUUUUGUUCCACCACGCCCAGGACAUAAAAAACUUCUGGGUGCGAAAGAAUGUACCUGGGGCCCAUCAUAUUGGUGUCAAAACUUAACAUCUGCUGCUGGUUGCAAUGCUGUACGACACUGCAUACAAACCGUAUGGAUACAUAAACAACUUCCACCUGACACUUCAAGCGUUUGCCAAACCUGCCUUGAUAUGGUUAAGCAAGCCAGGGAUCAGUUGAUGAGUAAUGAAACACAGGAUCUCAUAAAGCAGGUAUUUGAGGGUUCUUGUGCUUUGCUGCAUGUCAAACCUGUUGUUAAGGAAUGUGACAAAAUCGCCGAUGAAUUCAUUCCUGAGCUUAUUGACACAUUAGCGUCCGAAAUGAACCCACAAGUUGUAUGUUCUGUAGCUGGUUUAUGUAAUAAUGAACGAGUUCAUAGAAUGCUCGAAGAAGCUGGAGAAAAGAUAGUCCCUAUGGUUAAAAAACCAGACUCGUGCGAUGGCUGCCAUACUGUUGUCGAUUUGAUUGAGGACAAGUUCAAUAAGAUGUCUAGAGAUGAGGUUCUACAAAAAUUGUUAGAGGUUUGCGGGAAGUUUGGAAGCUUCUCUGAUGGAUGCAGCAAUAUCGUAGUGACAUAUUUUACUGAAAUUUACAACAACCUUCAAGAAAAUCUAAAUUCGAACGAAGUUUGCCUUUUAUCAGGGGAAUGCAGUGCCCAAUUCCACAAACAUGCCAAUGUUGAAAUAACACCAAUAUCUCAUAUUGGAUAUGUUCCAGUAGAUGAUGAAAAAGAUGAUUUACCAUGCGAACUCUGUGAGCAGUUGGUCACUCAUUUGAAGGAUCUUUUAAUAACUAAUACCACAGAAGACGAAUUCAAAACAGUCCUGGAGGGACUCUGCAAGCAAACCAGACAAUUCUCCCAAGAAUGUACUAGUUUAGUUGAUCAGUAUUAUGUCGAAGUUUACAGUUUACUGGUAAAUGAACUGAAUUCAACAGCUGUAUGCAAAAUCAUCGGAAUCUGUAAAGAUUCUAAUAGACAGGAGUCCUUUAUCAUUUCCCCACUUCUACCUGCUGAAACUGUCGACGAAGCUCUCAGGAUCACUCCAGCAACAAACAAACCUUUAGCACGUGUCAGCCUGCAAAAAGACACAUCAGUAAAAAUUAUUUCCCCAUCAGAACAGGAGCAACUUCAGCAAGAACAACUACCUAUCGAUCUUCUUGUACCGCCACACACACAAGUCCUGUAUAAUACCGAAAUUUGCGUAUUCUGUGAAUAUUUCCUGCACUACGUCCAACUGGCCAUCACGGACCCAACAACUGAAGAGGAAAUUAAAGAAGUUAUCGACAAAGCAUGCGCUACGCUGCCCAGUUCUGUUAAUAAUACUUGCAUUGACUUUGUGAACACUUACGAGCCAGCACUAGUAGCCAUCCUCGCCCAAGAAAUUGAUCCUUCUCGGGUCUGCCCGUUGAUCAAAGCAUGCCCGUCAGGGCAAUCUAAAGAUGUGGAAAUAUUUAUGCAGGCAAAAGGAGGUUCCAACUGCCCUCUUUGCCUGUUUGCCGUUACUAAAUUGGAGACUAUGGUCAAGGAUAAGAAAUCCGUGGAAAACAUCAAAUCCGCUCUCAACAAACUUUGCACUCAUUUGCCAAGUGACGACUUAACAGAGGAAUGCGAAGAUUUCGUUUCCACGUAUACUGAUGAAUUGGUAGAAAUGUUGGUAGCUGAUUUAAAACCAGAAGAAAUUUGUGUCUAUCUCAAACUUUGCUCGGAUGAUAAGCCUGCUAGUACUCUUCCACCAUAUGUAGACUAUUCUGUAGAAAGCCCCGUGUUUAUUGGAGAUGUCGAAACGAAUAAUAUACCUGACGAUACCAUCAACGGUAAACAAAUUAGUAGCAAAUUAGAGGCACCUACAACUAGUCCUCAGUGUGUUAUAUGUGAAUUUGUAAUGAAAGAAAUCGACGAUCAACUCAAAGAUAAAAAGACAGAUGAUGAAAUUAAAAAUGUUGUCUAUGACAUCUGCAACGUUAUGCCAAGAUCCGUUAAAACGGACUGCAAUAACUUCGUCAAACAGUAUGCGGAUACAGUAAUUCAGUUAUUGAUCCAGGCCUUAGAACCAAGCGAAAUUUGCUCGAUGAUGAAGUUGUGCUCUAAUCAGUUAGAAACUAUGACAGAUGAAAUACUUGAUUGUCCUCUGUGUCAUUUAGCUGUCGAAGCUAUGGACAAAAUUUUGAGUAACCCCAAAAUCGACCAUGACGUUGAACAUGUGCUUGAAAAAACUUGCCGUGGAAUACCAAAACACUACAGAAAUAAGUGUGAUGAAAUAGUUAAAAAAUAUGGCAAGAACAUUUUCAAUUUCAUUAUUCAUGACAAAAGUCCUGGCUGGAUUUGCAAAGAAAUCAAACUGUGCUCUGCAUUCAUAAACCUUGGAAUUUUAACAGGCAGUAAUCCUUGCACCUAUGGUCCUGCUUAUUGGUGUGCAAGUGAACAAAAUGCAGAUCGGUGUCGAGCUAGAUUACAUUGUGCUACAAAAGUUUGGGGGGGAUCAAAGCCAAAACAAACCCAUUUCGUAGGAACGAGGCUUUGUAGUAGAGGGCCUGGAUACUGGUGUCAAAAUGAGGCAACUGCAGAUCAAUGUGGAACAGGGGCCAGGUUACAUUGCGAAGCGAAAGUCUGGGGGAAAACUAGACCAAAAAGAAGUGAACCACUGGCAGGAAGCAACCGAUGUACCUGGGGUCCAGCAUACUGGUGUCAAAGUGAGGCAAACGCAGAUGAAUGUGGGACUAGACUACAUUGUGAGAGUAGGGUAUGGGGUGGACCAAGACCAAAACGUAGUAGUAGAGAACCUUUAGGGGCUAGACCUUGUACUAGAGGGCCUGGAUAUUGGUGCCAAAGUGAGGCAAAUGCAGAUGAAUGUGGAUUAGGGGCUAGAUCACACUGUGAGACAAAAGUUUGGGGUGGACCAAGGCCAAAACGUAGUGUAUCAACAGUAGGAAGCAAUCGAUGUACUUGGGGUCCAGCGUAUUGGUGUGAAAGUGAAACCAACGCAGAUGAAUGCGGAUCAGGAGCUAGAUCGCAUUGUGAGGCAAGAGUUUGGGGUGGGCCAAGGCCAAAAAGAAGUACACCAGCAUUAGGAAGUGACCGUUGUACCCGGGGUCCAGGAUAUUGGUGUCAAAGUGAGGCCAAUGCAGAAGAAUGUGGAUCAGGGGCCAGGUCACAUUGUGAGACAAGAGUUUGGGGUGGGCCAAGACCAAAACGGAGUCAGCGGUUGGUAGGAAGCAACCGAUGUACUUGGGGUCCGGGAUAUUGGUGUCAAAGUGAAGCCAAUGCAGAUGAAUGCGGAUCAGGGGCUAGAUCGCAUUGCGAGGAAAGAGUUUGGGGUGGACCAAGACCAAAACGAAGUGCGCAGUUAGUAGGAAGUGACCAUUGUACCUGGGGUCCAGGAUAUUGGUGUCAAAGUGAGGCCAAUGCAGAUGAAUGUGGGACUAGGUCACAUUGUGAGACAAGAGUUUGGGGUGGGCCAAGACCAAAACGGAGUCAGCGGUUGGUAGGAAGCAACCGAUGUACUUGGGGUCCGGGAUAUUGGUGUCAAAGUGAAGCCAACGCAGAUGAAUGCGGAUCAGGGGCUAGAUCGCAUUGCGAGGAAAGAGUUUGGGGUGGACCAAGACCAAAACGAAGUGCGCAGUUAGUAGGAAGUGACCAUUGUACCUGGGGUCCAGGAUAUUGGUGUCAAAGUGAGGCCAAUGCAGAUGAAUGUGGGGCUAGGUCGCAUUGUGAGACAAGAGUUUGGGGUGGGCCAAGACCAAAACGGAGUCAGCGGUUGGUAGGAAGCAACCGGUGUACUUGGGGUCCAGGGUAUUGGUGUGAAAGUGAAGCAAAUGCCGAUGAAUGUGGAUCAGGGGCAAGGUCUCAUUGUGAGAGCAACGUCUGGGGUGGAUCAAGACCAAAACGCAGUGAAGAAGUUUUAAAUGAAAUGUAACAUAGUAUUGAGUAAGAAAAUUAGAGUUUGGAAAUGUACUCGAUUACCACAGGACAUUUUAAUUAUACCAUUAUCCAUUUACCUAAUUUUUGUCUAUAUUGUUCAAUAUCUAAUGUAAUAUUCAAGUUAGUGCAGUAAUAUAUACUGUGCUUUUAUAUUUUAGAAAAAUAUAUUCUUUUAAAA